UUUUUAACUCCUAUUAAAUUUAGUCACCAAACAAACCCUAGCAGCCCUAAGUUUCUUCCUAAGUCUCCGUCAGAGUCGCCGGGAAAUAGACCGGAGAGAGCAGGGGGACGAUGAGAGUAUACAAUUUUGGAGUCUAGAACUUCUGUCAACCUGUGCUUGUUAAUUUUACAGAGUCUUAAUAUUUCAUAUUCUCUGAAAUGGAUGUAGACGAGAUUGAGGAAGAGGAGUUUGGAUUCUCGAGAAAUUAUUUCCUUGCUAAAGAAUUGGGCUCUUCUUCAAGGAAAAAAUCUGCUCGGAAGCUUUCAGAAAUUGAUCUCGUUGACGAAGAGGAAUUAAGAGAGGUGGCAGCUAGUAUUGAACCCAAACAUGAGAAAGAAGUUAAUGAGUUGAUCAGUAGCUACCAAAGUUUAUAUUCAAAAUGGCUUUUUGUGCUAAGGAGCGGCUUUGCACUUUUGAUGUAUGGAUUUGGAUCAAAGAAAGCUUUGAUUGAAGAUUUUGCCUCAAAAUCUUUGACUGAGUACUCUGUCGUAGUCGUCAACGGGUAUCUCCAAUCUAUAAAUCUUAAACAGGUGGUGAUAACACUGGCUGAGCUCCUCUGGGAUCAAGUAAAAUUGCGACAGAAGACUACCUCAGGAAGUCUGUGUAAAAGCCAACAACCAUUUAACACCAGAUCCAUGUCUGACCUUCUUACUUUUCUAGACAGCCCAGACCUAGAAGUCGAGGACUGUUUUGUUUGCAUUCUUGUUCACAACAUUGAUGGUCCUGGAUUACGUGAUUCUGACAGCCAACAAUGUCUUGCAAGCAUUGCUGCUUGUUCUCAUGUUCGUAUGGUUGCUUCCAUUGACCAUGUCAACGCUCCUCUUUUGUGGGACAAGAAGAUGGUUCAUACACAAUUUGACUGGUACUGGUGCCAUGUUCCUACUUUUGCUCCAUACAAGGUUGAAUCAAUGUUUUUUCCUUUCAUCCUCGCCCAUGGGGGCAGUGCACAAAGUGUGAAGACAGCUUCAAUUGUCUUACAGAGUUUGACUCCGAAUGCUCAAAAUGUUUUUAAAGUUCUUGCUGAGCAUCAAUUGGCCCAUCCUGAUGAAGAAGGUAUGCCAAUCAACAAUCUGUACAGUACGUGCCGAGAACGGUUCUUGGUGAGCAGUCAAGUUACUUUGAAUUCACAUUUGACAGAAUUUAAAGACCAUGAGUUGAUCAAAACCAAAAGAAAUUCUGAUGGUCAAGAUUGCCUUUGUAUUCCUCUUACAAAUGAAGCCCUUCAGAAACUUAUAGCAGAUAUCGUUUAAUAGAGCUUCUAAUACAAGCAGCAGAGGCAUGUUUAAUGUAUGACAAACUUCAUGUGUAAAAAAGUGCACAUCUUUUCACUUGUGCAUAGGAGUUGGCCUGAUCCUCAGCUGCAACAUGUUAGGAUAUCUAUUUAAAUAUGGUUAACCUAUCAAGCAUCUCACAGAGAGAGCAAUAUGACCGGAGUGAUUUCAGUUUGUGGCUUUGUUAGAUCCUCAUGUAAUGUUGCGAUAUUUAUGGAGAUUCAGUUAUGUAAAAAGACCAAUCUUCUUGGAAUGUAUUUUGUUUCUUAAUGUAUUUUAAGAAGAUUACACAAUUUA